CGGGAAGGCGUCGAGAUGACUGGCCUCCACGGCAAGCGCGCCACCAGCGAACCCCGGAGAUCCAAGCGCCUCGAGCGGUCCCAGCCCGAGGCGGCGGCGCCUCCGGCACGCCGGGCCAGGCACGCCGAGGGUCCGGCUCCUCCGCGCAAGUGCUCCGUUCCUCCUGCGCGCCGCCGCGCCGAGGGUCCAGUUCCUCCGCGCAACCGCGAUGGCCCCGUCCCCGCUGCGAGGGUUGCGAGCCCACCUUCGCCCCCUCACGGCGAUCGGGACCCCGGGGACGUGACCGUGGCUCCUCCUCCGGCUCAUCCGCCCAAGACCUUCGGGUGUGGUCGCGUCACUCUGCCUCGCACCGCGUACGCGCUCCGCAACCGCCUCGUCCCGGACACCAGCAGCCCCAAGCCGAAGACGACGCCCACGCCCACCCCCGGCUGCGACAAGAUGUUCAGGGAGGAACGUAGGCGUGGUCCAACGUGGCAAACUCCAAUGUGCGCACGUGUGGGUUUGGAAUACUACAACAGCAUGAAUCAGGGGGAUCAGUACGAGCUGGUUAAAGCAGUGAGCAGCAAUGCCUUUGUCUUCAAUGGUAUCUGGUUUCAUGCAAAUUUUCUUGCUAAGCGUAAAGGAGCUACCAAUUGUGUCGAUCUUGUCCCCAAGUACUUCUUUGCUGAAAUAGAAAGCAGGAGCGGUGGUCAUUCUUGUGUUUCGUGCGUUAAGCUUGACCAAGGCGAUCCCAAAAAUAUUGGUGGUUGUACACUGUGCUCUGAAAAGAUGAUGCAUCCUGCUGGUGGUAGGUAUCACGGUGCCCAAACUCGAACCGUCCGGCAUGCUCCUGGUGGUCUACAGAUUUCAUUCAAUUUCUGAAUGUUUGAAGUGUUGGCACCUGGUGUCCAUUUCCUCCACGCAAGCGGGAGUCAUCCGUUCCGCUGUGCCUCCUCAUGGACACCAACCCAAGGACCAUGUUCAUGCGCCGAAGCAUGAGCAUUCCAUUCCAACUGCAAGGGUUGUGCUGUCAUCUUCACCCCCAUAUGGCGACCGGGACUCGGAGGAUGCGACCACAGAUCCUCCUCAGGCAUGUCGCCAAGGCCCUAGUUCCUCCACCCAAGCGUGAGACGUUGUUAGGUUUCACCCAUAGAUCGACCACAUCAAAGUAGACAAACAUACCCAGCACAAAAUUUAUUGCCAAAGACUAAUCGUACCUCUGUUUUUUUUCUUUAUUUCUAUCGAAUUUCAUGCUACAAUUUUAUGGAUUAUAAGGUGCAGGUUCAACGUUUAUAUAUAAUAUUACACAGCAAGACUAGUACCAACUACUCGAAACCGAUUUUUCUAGCUGAAAUUUAUAGUUCAUAAUACACACCACUCAUAUAGCUGACUUAACUGAUAACAAACUCCAAUAACCCACAUGGAUAUCUGGAGCGGCAAGUUUAAACCGAACAUCCUAGUGCCAUGACACCACCUGGAAACUGAGAUAACCUCAUGCAGCAAUAACACCAGAUUUGGAGUAGGAUUUUAUAUAUGUCAACAUCCAACCUUCCUUGAUCUUCUACAGAAAUAACAUUGCUUUGAAGAUGUAGGUAUCCACCGCCGCCUUUCAGCAUUGCUCCAUCUUUUGAAUCAACCAUGGAAAUUUCCCCGGUGCGAGAGAAGUAACAAAAGUGACUCGGUUAUCAUUGCCCUUGGAUAUUUAAAAGGCCAUUUGGCACCUUUGACAACCCGGACACCGAAGAUGAUUACCUAGGUUAUUCUUCUAACAACCUGCACACAUAACUCGUGCAGCAAAACAGUAGAUACAUCAUGACCAAAUACUUGGAGACAAUCAUGCCCUUCAGUGAUCAAUCUUUAUCUUGAGACUGUUGUAUCUUUAGUUUUAGUUCAAUUUCAAAGUUGACCACGUCUGUAUAUACAACAGCACAAGACGGUCCCUAUCACAGUAGAAGAGAAUGGCAGCUGUGAUCCCCGACGGAGUCGCAGACAACGGCCAUCCAAGGCCACCAUCUAUUCCUGUGAGCUUGAUGGAAAAUAUCUGCAAGGUGUCGGGAGUGGACGCUGUUCUAUUGGGUGGGCUGCGUCCAGGUGUGCAGUAUGUAAAUAUCAUGGAACUCAAUGCCGUCACGUGUUCAAAGGAACCACAAUGUUUGACUUCAUGCAGAUUCCCAAUCCCUGCGGUAUCAAGCGAAAUUCUUCACCUCAUAAGCCAUCUUCUCGUCUAACGUCUUCCUGGCCAUCUCGUCAUGAUCGAGAUCAUCAUGGACAGAGUACUGUCCCAAUCUGAUCAUUGAAACGGUGUCACUAGAUCUGUACAAAUUGUCCAGCUUCCGGCCAAAUCGAAGGAUACUAUGUAAAAUACCAUGAAUUUCCAGAAAGCUAGCGCGCAUCAUGU